AAAUAUAAAGUAAAAAAUGAGAAAUUUCAAAUCAAGGAAAAUGUUUCUCCAUUUUGGAAUACUACUUCUUCUGUCCGAAGGAGUCCUUGGCGAAGGGGACGUUUCGGAAGCAAUAGAUGGAGACAGUCGAAUUAUAGGUGGCAAAGAUGCCACUCCAGGCAUGGCUAACUACCAAGUUUCAAUUCGUAUUCAUAAAAGAAAGCGAGAAUGGCACAACUGCGGAGGGUCUAUUAUAAACGAAGAAUACGUGUUAACAGCAGCUUCUUGCGUUUAUCGGAUGAAAAGGCAUAUUCUGUCAAUAGUUGUUGGCAGACACGCAAUCGAUAAUGGCGGCGACCGAUACAAGAUUAAGAAAUUGAUUCCUCAUGCGAAUUAUUCUAAUUCGGUUGAAAAGAAUAAUAUAGCCCUCAUACAGAUCGAAGGCAGAUUCAAAUUCAGCGAUAAGGUUCAACCCAUUGAGUUGUUAAAAGAAAUGGUACCCAUUGGAAAGAAAUGUCUCUUUACUGGCUUCGGAUAUGUAGACCUUAGACGCCAAACUGUACCAAACAAUCUUCAAAUGUUGGAGUACAAAACAAUAAGCAAUGAUGAUUGCACUAAAAAAUUCAUACGCUCGCCUUACUCGCAAUUUGUGCCCAUAGACGCCGGACAACUCUGCGCUGAGCGCCAGGAAAACAAAGGUGCAUGCUAUGGUGAUUUUGGUGGUCCUCUCGUCAUUCAGAAUGAAAAGAACAAAACUGUUCAAAUAGGAGUCCUGUCAUGGGUAGUUCCCUGCGCCAGAUACUAUCCUGAAGUGUUUAAUUCAGUCCAUGGUUUCUACAAUUGGAUACAGAGCAAUAUUAAAUGAAUUACUUUUUAAAAUUCAAGAUGGCAUCUAAUUAAAAUAAAUAUUAUUUGAAAGA